AUGGCCGCCUCGGACGGCUCCCCCUCAGCCCGGCACGUGCCUCACCUUCGCCUCGCCGUGCCGCCGCGCCUCGCCGCCCACCCCUCCUUCCGCUUCCCCACCACGCCACUCCCCACCCCAUCCAAGACGCGCAUCCCCGCCGGCGCCGCCGCCGGUGCCGGCGCUUCCCCGUACGCCGCUGCGCUCCUCCGCCUCCUCGCACUCCACUCGCUCUUCCUUCUUGCGUCCGCCGCCCGAGCGCUCCCCUCCCUGCCCCACCUUUUCCUGCUCCCGCCGCUCCUCGCCAUCCUCUCCGCCGUCGCGGUCGUCGUCAUGCCCACAGCCACCAAGACCCAGCCCCACCCCUUCCCGGCGGUCCGCCACCUCCUCCGCCCCGCCCUCUUCCUAGCGCUGUCCCUUCUCCUCCGGUUCGCGUCCCUCCACCUCAUCCCCUCCCCCGGCCUCGUCGUCCUCGCGGACUCCGCCGGCGCAUUGCUCGCCCGCGCCCUCAACCGUCCCUCCCGCCGCCGCGUUAUCUCCGUCGUCGCCGCCUCCCUUUCGCUCGCGGCCAUAUCGCCUUCCCACUCCGUGCUUCUCGUGCUCCCCUUCGCCUCCGGCCUCCUAUCCUCCGCCGAGCACUCUGCAUCAGGGCGACAUGUCACCCGCAGCCGCCACGCCCGUGCGGCAGUAUUUGCCCUGGCCGCCGCCUUCCUCUCCGUGCCGGCACUUGUGGGCCUCUUCUUUCUCGGUGGCAGUGACACUAGCGAUGGCGGUGGAGCCGUGCCGGUUGCCCAGCUCUGGUGGCUGCUCCUUAACGCUGCUGUCUUUGGCAUGGCGUUGGGGCGCCGGCAAGCCUAUGACAGCAGCGGCAGCAGGCCAAGCAUGAAUUUUGCCAUGACGUUUGUGUGCACUGUUGUGAUGGAGCUGGUGUACUACCCAAAGCUCUUCUUACCAGGCUUCUUAAUUUGUGGCUUCCUCUUGUGGAUCGCCAGCAGGGAGCUGGCCCCUUCAGGAUAUGUUGAGCUUGGGAGCACAGACAGCGUGUCCGAGUCGGUGUACGAGGCGGUCAUGGGGCCAGUCCGCCAUAUCCUCAGUGAACGCAAGUCCAGGAAGAUUGCUGCUUUUCUGUUGAUCAACACAGCUUACAUGUUUGUGGAGUUCGCCAGCGGUUUCAUGAGCGAUAGUCUUGGGCUGCUCUCCGAUGCUUGCCAUAUGUUGUUUGACUGUGCAGCUCUGGCAAUUGGACUAUAUGCAUCAUACAUUGCGAGGCUGCCUGCAAAUGGAAUGUAUAAUUACGGAAGGGGCAGGUUUGAGGUGCUAUCUGGGUAUGUUAAUGCAGUGUUCUUGGUACUUGUUGGGGCACUGAUUGUGUUGGAGUCAUUUGAGAGGAUACUUGAGCCUCGGGAGAUAUCGACAAGUAGCCUUUUGACAGUUUCAGUUGGUGGACUUGUCGUAAAUAUCAUUGGAUUGGUUUUCUUUCACGAGGAGCACCAUCAUGCGCAUGGUGGUAGCUGUUCUCACUCCCAUUCACAUUCUCAUUCACACGACCAUGGCCAUGAAGAUCACCAUCAUGAUCAUGUUCAUCACAGUGUUCAGCACGAGGAGAAUGCAUGUUCUGGUCAUCACGGAGACACAAACAAGAGCCAUCAUCAUAAUUACCAACAUCAUAGUAACAAUGUGGAGAGUCAUCACAGUACCUCCAUGGAGAACACCAGUAGUCAACAUAGCCACCACGGCUGUAGCCACGAACAUCAUCACCAUGGCCAUAUGGAACAUCACCAGCAGGGUGGAGGUCACUCUCAUCAAGAUUGCAACAGCGUCAGCAGUGAGCAAGGACUUCUUGAGAUUCCACUGAGAAAUAUGCACUCUCAUCACUCAGAAUCGCAGUCUUGUAAUGGAGAACUGGAAUCACCAGAAACUGGAAACAACCAUGGUAAACCAGCUAACAAACGUCACAUCGACCAUAACAUGGAAGGUAUCUUCUUACAUGUCCUAGCCGACACAAUGGGAAGCGUCGGUGUUGUGAUCUCAACCUUGCUGAUCAAAUACAAGGGAUGGCUAAUAGCAGAUCCCAUUUGCUCUGUUUUCAUUUCAAUAAUGAUUGUAGCUUCUGUCCUUCCACUGUUGAGGAAUUCUGCUGAGAUUUUGUUGCAAAGAGUUCCAAGGAGCCAUGAGAAGGACUUGAAAGUAGCAUUGGAUGAUGUCAUGAGGAUUGAGGGUGUGAUUGGAGUCCAUGAUGUUCAUUUAUGGAACUUAACGAAUACUGAUAUUGUAGGAACUUUUCAUCUUCGUAUAUCAGCGGAAGCUGACAAAUCUGUUAUAAGAGAAAGUGCUUCACGGAUAUUUCAUGAAGCUGGGAUUCAAGAUCUGACUAUUCAGAUCGAAUGUGUCAAAAGAUAGCAGCAGUUGUUGGUAUAACGACACAUGCAGGUAGUGUUAGGAUUUUGGCAUAGAGCAAAUAUAUCUGUAGUGCUUCGUUCAGGAGCCAUCCUUUUUUAUGUAUCACUGAAAGAAAAUUGAAUUAUAAUACAUUUUCGCAGCUUCAUUUUGAUCU